CAUAAAGAGGUAAAACUAGUUAAUGUAUUAUUUUAUACUACUACCGCUCCUGGUCCAGUGAACAGACCGACCAGGAUCAGAGCUACCUGUCAAAGUGAACAAACACUUGUUUCCGUGUGCGUUUCCGCGGUCCGCCCAUUAUAAUAACAUAAGGAACAAGGAAACGACAACACCUGCUGCCUUUACGCAUCUUACACUCACGUCCUCGAACUACUAGUCAUACACAGAACAUCACCAUGUCUGAGGAUAAAACAGUCACAUUGAAGCCUGUGGAUCUGGUAGAACCAGAAUCAUGCUUCUCAUCCUCUCACCUGGACCCCACUCAUACCUCCUAUCACCCCCAAGCCCUGGACAGUGGACACCCAGGGACAGAGGAGAAAGGCCCUGUUGGCUUUACACCUGAUGCUGAGGCUCAAGGGAAUCGAUGGACCUCAACACUGGACCAGUUUAAACUGAAGCGGUUCUUCGUCUUGAGGCCAGGGACCAUGGACCAAGCCCUAGAAGAUAUCAAGGCUCUGGUCAAUCAGGAUGAGGAUGGCGAUGUCCAUGGUGUCUGGCUGAUGACUGAGGUUGACCAUUGGAACAACGAGAGAGAGCGUGUGGUGCUGAUCACAGAAAACUCUCUGCUGAUCUGUAAAUACGACUUCGUCAUGCUCAACUGUGAACAGAUUCAGAGGAUCCCUCUCAACUUUGUGGACCGCAUCACCCACGGCAACUUCAGCUUCCCCGAGCGGUCUCUUCUCACGAGAGAAGGAGAGGGUGUGCGUGUGUUCUGGGACCGGCUAAGGGAACCCUCGUUCUUGUCUAAAUGGAACCCGUUCACUACAGACUAUCCAUUCAGCACCUUUACCUAUCACCCUGUCAGGAACAUAGACCACAGGUUCACUGCUCUCUGUGAGAUCCAGAGCUUCCGUGAGCAGCUGACGGAGGCAGCCCAGAAGGCCCACCUUAAGAAGCCCAUCCCGGGGAAGGCCAACGGGGUCCUGGUGCUGAACCAGCCCCUGCUCAUCGAGUCCUACGUGGGUCUGAUGUCCUUCAUCGGGAACCAGAACAAGCUGGGAUACUGCCUGGCACGGGGAAACAUUGGCUUUUAAACAAUGCUUUAGCUAGAAUCUUUGAAUGCACAUUACUACUUGAUUACUUAAUCAUAGUUUGCAGUUGUGCCUUAGUUAUAGAUAUGAAGUCACAUUAUAAAUAAUUUUUCAUCUGGUGUCUAAUCUUCCCUUGGGCAUUCCUUAUAGUCCACGCUCUGGUUUUAACUAGACUAGAAUUUCUACUUCAUUUCUUUUAUGUUUCUUUGUUUACAUUCAUUUCAACCUAUUUACAAAUUUGAAGUAGUUUUAUAUAAUAAUUUAAUAGUCAGAAGGAUAUGUUUUGAUGCUAAUUUAAAAUGUAUUUUCAGAGGUCAAUUUUGAAAAUGUUGGGGUUUUGUUAGUUUAGUUUUCUGUACGUUUCAGUAGAAAAGUGUUCAUGUGUAAAUGGUAGUUCUGUCAUUCCAAUCAGCUUAGGGUUGAUUUCCUACCUAGUUAGCGUGCCAAAUUUGUUCCUGCCGUUCCAGUGUUGAUAAAGUUUAUACAACACCGUGA